GUCCGCUCCUUAGGGUUGCCCUUCUUUUUCUCCCCUAUGCUAUAUAUAAACACAACGAGCCGUCGUCUCCUCCUCCUUGCUGGUUUUCGGCGUCGAUUUCUCGCUUUGUCUUCGCCGCAGCGAUGGGCCGACGACCUGCACGUUGUUAUCGUCAGAUCAAGAACAAACCAUAUCCUAAAUCUCGCUAUUGCCGUGGUGUUCCUGAUCCCAAGAUUAGGAUCUAUGACGUUGGAAUGAAGAAGAAAGGGGUUGAUGAGUUUCCCUUUUGUGUUCAUCUGGUGAGUUGGGAAAAGGAAAAUGUUUCAAGUGAAGCUCUGGAGGCUGCCCGCAUUGCAUGUAACAAGUACAUGACGAAGUUUGCGGGGAAGGAUGCUUUCCACCUCCGAGUGAGAGUCCACCCAUUCCAUGUCCUGCGAAUCAACAAAAUGCUUUCUUGUGCUGGAGCUGAUAGACUCCAGACUGGUAUGAGGGGGGCCUUCGGGAAGCCACAAGGGACAUGUGCUAGGGUAAGUAUUGGUCAGGUGCUUCUCUCUGUUCGUUGCAAGGACAACAAUAGCCAAAAUGCCCAAGAAGCAUUGCGCCGUGCCAAGUUCAAGUUCCCCGGCAGGCAGAAGAUAAUUAUUAGUGGGAAAUGGGGUUUCACUAAGUUUAGCCGCAAUGACUAUGUGAAGUGGAAGAGCCAGAACAGAAUUGUACCAGAUGGAGUCAAUGCCAAGUUACUUGGUUGCCAUGGGCCACUUUCCAAACGUCAACCUGGAAGAGCAUUCUUACAAUCCGCUUUUGCUGAAGCUUCUUAAGAAUGUUCCUAUGGGGGGUAACUCCAAGUUUCUCUCUAUUAUUCUCAUUUGUCUGCUUAGUUUUGUCAGCAUUCUACCAGUUGUUACAUUGUGUUACUCUUGGGUAUGUAAUAACUCUUUAUUUCGUGGCAAUUUAAUUUUCAGUACUUGACUAAGUAA